AUGAAAUUCGAGGAGAAGGAGACACUAAUAAUUGUAAAGAACAAUCCACUGAUUCCUCACUCUGUAAUUGCUUCACUCAGAAUCCUUUGCCAAUUCUGUGAUAUCCAGUACUACAAAUCAAAAUGCGAUGGAUUAACCAGUAUAGGAAGCGCCGAGGAGUUUGUGAAUAUGUGUGCCGGACAACUAGUAAUCACCGUUAAGGGAUCUACUGUUAUCGAUCAGCAGCUUACCGAGACACAAGUGAAUCAGCAGCUUACCGAGACACAAGUGAAUCAGGUGUUCUCUAAUGCCUAUGAAGUCCAUAUGUGCCUCAGCGUCAGCAGUACUCUAAUCCAAAAUCUUACGUUCCCCAACUUGAUGCGAUGGAAGAGCUGCCGUAAAGGUCAACCGGCUCUAAGUGUGAAGAACAACGUACGACUGACCCACCUUGGCUUCCCCUCUUGUACAAUGAAAGGCUGUAUCGACCAUGCCGUUAUCAGCGGUAAUCCAGUUCUAUCUCAACAGCAACAGAGCACGGUUGGGCAGUGGUGUAACACCUGCGACUUCGGACAAGGACAAGGUUUGUUUAGCUUCGGGUCAUCGUGA